CAUGCAUAGGCCAAUUCUACUACUGAUGAAUACAUACCUCCUUCACGGAAAGGGAACUGGUCAUUAUUUUAGCUGAAAUGAAACUCAAAGGAGAAAAAGAAUGGGACAGAGUAAAGGAUGCCCAUAUGAGCCCAGAGUAAAGGAAGUUCACAUCAUCUGAAAGGUUUAAAGGACUCCAGCUCCAGACAUGGCCUCCUCGUCCUUACACUCCGUCAACAUGGACACCCCCAUUCUGAUCAAGCACCAUCUCUACUGCUCUAUUUGUCUGGACCUGUUUGAAAACCCCGUCACCACCCACUGUGGCCACAGCUUCUGCCAGUCCUGCCUGGGCCGCAACCUCCACUUGAAUGACCUCACGUGCCCCCUCUGCAAGAAGCAUCUGAGGAGUAACCCGCAGGUGAACAUCAUCCUCAGGUCCCUAAUCCAAGAACUGAAGAAGUCCCAGGAUAGGAAGCCAGAGGAAUAUUCCGGAGCCUUGGGCGAGGUGGCCUGUGAUGUCUGCACUGAGAGGAAACUCAAGGCCCAUAAGUCCUGCUUGCUGUGCCUGGCCUCAUACUGCGAGACUCACCUGCAAACCCACACCUCUGCAGACAGGCUGAAGGGCCACAGGUUGGUGGCCCCUGUGGAUGACCUGGAUGGGAGGGCCUGUCUGACCCAUGGUCGACCCCUGGAGUUGUACAGCAGGGCGGAGGGGCGUUGUGUCUGUGCCCUCUGCAUGGAGGAGGGUCACGAGGUCGUCUCCACAGAAACGGAGUGGGACAAGAAGAAGGGUGAGCUGGGCAGCAGCCUGGCUGAGAUGCAGGAAAGGAUCCUGGAGAGAGAGAGAAAGGCGGAGGAGAUCAGGGAAUCCAUGGACCUCUGCAAGGCCCAACUGGACAGGGAGAGGAGGGAGAUAGACUCUGUGUUUGAAGUAGUGAUGACCACUGUAGAGGAGACCCGGCGAGAGGCUCUCAGGCCCCUGGAGAAGAGGCAACAGGACAUGGAGCGAGAGGCAGAAGAACUCACCCAAGAGCUGCAGAAAGAGAUCAAACAGCUGAGAGACAUCAUCGGUCAGCUGGAGGACGUUGCUAACCUAGAGGAUCACAUUCACUUCCUGCAGACCUUCCCAUCUCUGUCGGGGCUGGGUGACGGUAGAGACUGGACUGAGGUCUCACUUGAUACUGAAGUCUCCUUUGGUACCAUGAGAAACAGCCGUUCAGCCAUGAUGGAGAAAAUUGAGCAGGAGCUUGAGAAGCUCUCCUCGAUUGAACUUGAGAGGAUCCUGAAGUUUGCAGUUGAUGUGACCCUGGACCCAGACACAGCCAACAUACAGCUGGUUCUCUCUGAGGACGGGAAAGAGGUGAGAGACGGAGGGAAGAUACAGGACCUCCCUGACCGUCCGGAUCGCUUUGAUCACUUCGGCAGCGUCCUGGGGCACAACAUGUUAACGUCUGGGAGAUCAUACUGGGAGGUGGAUGUCGGGAACAAGACGGGUUGGGAUCUGGGAAUUGCAAGAGGAGAUGCCAACAGGAAGGGGCAACUCUCUGUGAAUCCUACUCAUGGUUACUGGGCAAUAGUGCAUUAUAAUGGGGACCAAUACGGAGCCUUGGGGGACCCUCCUUUUCUCUUGUCACUGAUGGAGAAACCCCAGAAGGUGGGGGUGUUUGUGGAUUAUGAGGAGGGGUUGGUGUCUUUUUAUGAUGUGGAAGCUAAGGCUCAUAUAUAUUCUUUCACUGGGUAUUCCUUCACUGGGGAAAUGUAUCCAUAUCUCAGCCCACAUCUUCUGAAUGGGAAGAAGAACUCAGAUCCACUGGUCAUCACAGAAAUAGGCUGAUCAAACAUUGUUUGGCAUUGAAGGUGAAAGACUUGUUUCAGGCUAGGAUUAGGGCUACAGCUAGGUUUAGGGUUGGGUUAGAGUUAGAUACAAAUGUUGUACUUUAUUACACAUAUAAAUAUUUGAAUUAAUAGUUUUGUACACAAUGUAUUAAAUUGAAACGUUUUGUCACUUGCCUACACGCAAUACCGCAUAAUGUCAAAGUGGAAUUAUAUUUUUAGAAACUUUUACAAAUUAAUAAAAAAGGAAAAUCUGAAA